GAGAGAGUGAGGGAGAGCUGAUUAGAUUGGAGAGAACCAAGGAGGUACGGCUAUACUAUUGAGCAUGGGGAGAGGCAGCAGGGAGGGUGACUAAGUGAAUGCAGUUUGCCGCUGCUUGCCACUGAAUCACGGCUGACGAGUCCACAGACUGGAGCUAAAUCAACAAAUGGAAACAGGAAGACUGGAUGUACGCUGGACGUAUGGGGAGGAGGAGGAGGGACGGAGGAAGAGUCUGCCCUAAUGUGCUUCUAUCUCUGCAUCAGAGACAACAGUGGGAAAUCCACAGGGAAAAUAGCGGACAAGUCAUUUUGGAGCUGUGAGCCGCAACAGAGUCAACUGUGGGACUGGCUGGGAUUUGGAGUAUGAGCGCAUGCCGGUGUGUGAGUCAGUGUGUAAGCUGAUAAUAGCAUCUCCAUUGGUAUUCAGUGGAGGGAGCUCCAGGAUCUCGCUGCGCCUUUCCUCAGAAUGGGAUCACAGAGCAGGGAUUGUGCUUGUCUGAGGAAAGCUCGCUGAAAUGGGUCUGAAGGCUUGCAGAGAUGGACACCAAACAGGCUGCAUGGGAGCACACCGAUCAGCAGCUAGCUUUCCCCACCUGUCUGCCUCUGCCGUCUCCUCCCACAAUCCUCCCAGAGAGGGCUGAGCCUCCAGAGCUGAGGCAGGGCUAGCCAGGAGCCGCCUGCAGGAGAUCAGACACAUUCCCCUUAGUAGUGGACGUAUAACAAGCCUAUAUGUUUAGCAUACAAUUAAGCUCACUAGAAUGUGUCAGAACUGAAAUAUCCUGCAGUGAUGCCUGAGCAAUUGUACACAGGGACGUGUAUGGAUUUGUCAACCGGAAAUCCUUCUGAGAUUACAAGACUUUGGUUUCACACCUCAGAGCUGGGUCAUUUUUUUUCCAGAUAACUUUGUGGGCAAAAGCGAGUAAUUGAAAAUCCACCCUCGGGAGCCCGUCUUUUAAAAUUCCUGGUGGGGGAGAAUGGAUUUUUCUCUUUUUGCUUCUUUAAAGGAACAAUUUCAAAAUGCCCCGUUUAUCCAAAGUUUCCUUCGUUUUCCUUUUCAUUAAGUCUCUCUCUCAUUGUGGAGAAAUGUAUUGUCAAGCAGCACAAUUUCUCUUUAUCCCCUCUCAGUGAACGGAAAAGAAGAGGGACAGGGAGUCCAGAAUGGGUAACAAGUAGGGAGGAAAAAAUAGGUCACAAAACACACUAUCAGGAAGAAAAAGAAGAAAGAAAAAGAAGCACUGAAGUUGAAAAAACUUAGAAGUACCUUGAUUUGUCCUUUUGUAGAGCGGAGUCUCUUUGUAUUUCGUCAGUGUUGUCUUGCAGGCGAGUUAAUGCAAUGAGCAGGGGAGGGUUCAGGAUUCCACCUGGAGGGGGGACUUAAGCAGUAAGUGAUGGUCAUGUCCUCUCUGCACCUGCCUGCUUUGCAUUUCGGUUCUUGGGAAGCAGACGAUCUGAAGCGUGGCCCGGUAGACAGACGGCUGCACCGAAUGACAGACAAGCUCUCAGGCUGAAAGUCAGACGGAGAAGACGAGCAGAAAGCCAGGCAGUCAGCCAGUGCUACCGCUGCACAACUUGUGAGGUUUAUUGUCAUUCUGCACAGAGUGAAGGAAAAGGCUAAAGAAGAGGAGACAGGAAGAGAGUGUCUGUUUCUUCUGGUGACUCGCUUCUUCAUCUGCAUCCUGGUUCCCUAAGGAGACAAAAAAAACAGGGAGAGGGUUUUUACUAUACAGGUUGGAGAGAAACAGAGGGGGAGAGCAGGUGUCGGAAAUCCUCCCCUUCAUCUGCUUGUCAUUUACUCCUUUAUGCUCUCUCGUCGUGUGGCACAGUGAUUGAUUUUCUGCUGCUGGCGCCUCUUUUCCUGUAGGCUCUCUGCAGUCCCAGACAAAACAAUAGACGAGGAAAAUACAGCAAAGAAGGCCAAAGGUGGAGCCCUUCUUGUUUUUUUUUGUUUUUUUUACUCUCUUCAUUUGUCAAGAUGACCACUUCUUGAAGUUAAGAGAAGAACUUAAUCUGCUUCAUCGUCCAUCACUGGCCAGCAAGGAUUAUCUUUUUCCCCCCUCUCUACAAUUCAAUAUCUGGAUUCCUUCUCCACGUACAUUUUUCCCCCAAAGAUCCAGAGUGUAAAUUCAUCUGACCUUCCUUCUCCAACGUCCUCCACCUUUUGAAGAGGUGCUAGAACUCGUGGUCUCAGAUCUCGGCACCUGUGUUGAUUCACGGCCACGGCUCCAGCAUGGCACAUCCCUUCUGAUACCGUCUGAUUCAUUCUGUGGCGGUACAGGCAGCCAGCAGACCGUUCUCCAUGAGGAGCAGUAGAAGAUGCCGGCUCUGCCAGCACUGCUGCUGUCAAUACACUUGUCUUUCCUGCUAAUCACCAUGCCGCCACGCUCCCUCAGUCAGGCACCUCUUCUCUCCUCUGUCCGCAUGGCGGCAAUCCUGGAUGACCAGUCUGUGUGUGGGCGAGGCGAACGGUUGGCGCUGGCUUUGGCCAGGGAGAACAUCAACAGUGUGAUGGAGGGUCCGGCCCGGGCCCGCGUGGAGGUGGACAUAUAUGAGCUGCAGAAAGACUCUCAGUACGACACCACUGACACCAUGUGUCAGAUUCUACCCAAAGGUGUCGUCUCCGUGAUCGGUCCUGCCUCCAGCCCCGCCUCUGGCUCGACAGUCAGCCAUAUUUGUGGUGAGAAAGAGAUUCCUCAUGUAAAAAUUGGUCCAGAGGAGACUCCCCGCUUGCCAUACCUUCGCUUUGCCUCAGUCACCCUGUACCCCAGCAACGAGGACCUGAGUCUGGCCAUUGGGGCCAUCUUGCGCUCCUUCAGCUACCCCUCUGCUAGCCUGGUCUGCGCAAAGGCCGAGUGCCUGCUGAGGCUGGAGGAACUGGUCCGCCGUUUCCUCAUCUCACGGGAGACGCUGUCGAUCAGGAUGCUGGACGACAACCUGGACCCCACGCCGCUCCUCAAGGAGAUCCGUGACGACAAAGUAGCCACCAUCAUCAUAGACGCCAAUGCUUCAGUGUCCUAUCUCAUCCUGAAAAAGGCAUCGGAGCUGGGGAUGACAUCCGCUUUUUAUAAGUACAUCCUCACCACCAUGGACUUUCCUCUCUUGAGGCUUGAUGACAUAGUGGAUGAGCAAUCCAACAUUGUUGGUUUCUCUAUGUUUAACACCACACACCCCUUCUACCUGGAGUUCAUCAGGAGCCUGAACCUGUCCUGGAGAGAGGGUUGUGAUCUAACGUAUCCCGGCCCAGCGCUCUCCUCGGCGCUGAUGUUCGAUGCGGUGCACGUGGUGGUGGGGGCGGUGAGGGAAUUGAACCGCAGCCAGGAAAUUGGAGUGAAGCCACUGAGCUGCACCUCACCUCAGAUCUGGCAACACGGGACCAGCCUCAUGAACUAUCUGCGGAUGGUGGAAUACGAUGGCCUGACGGGGCGCGUGGAGUUCAACAGCAAAGGUCAAAGGACCAACUACACCCUGCGGAUCCUGGAGAAACACAGAGGAGGCCACAAAGAGAUCGGGAUCUGGUACUCCAACAACACUUUAGCGAUGAACUCCACCAGCCUGGAUAUUAAUGUCUCAGAAACGCUGGCAAACAAGAGCCUCAUUGUCACAACAAUUCUGGAAAAUCCGUAUGUGAUGCGUAAGGACAAUUAUCAAGAUUUCCAGGGCAACGACCAGUACGAGGGCUUCUGCGUGGACAUGCUGAAGGAGCUGGCAGACAUGUUGAAGUUCUCCUUCAAGAUUAAGCUGGUGGAUGAUGGGCUGUAUGGGGCCCCCGAGCCCAACGGCUCAUGGACUGGCAUGGUUGGAGAGCUAAUCAACAGGAAAGCAGACCUAGCUGUGGCGGCCUUCACCAUCACAUCAGAAAGAGAGAAAGUUAUCGACUUCUCUAAGCCCUUCAUGACCCUGGGGAUCAGCAUCUUGUACAGAGUUCAACUGGGCCGGAAGCCAGGUUACUUCUCCUUCCUCGAUCCUUUCUCUCCAGCUGUCUGGCUCUUCAUGCUGCUCGCCUACCUGGCAGUCAGCUGUGUGCUUUUCCUGGCAGCAAGGCUAAGUCCAUACGAGUGGUACAACCCUCACCCAUGUCUGCGAGAGCGCAGAGACAUGCUGGAGAACCAGUACACCCUUGGAAACAGCCUGUGGUUUCCUGUUGGAGGCUUCAUGCAGCAAGGAUCAGAGAUAAUGCCCAGAGCCUUGUCCACCAGAUGCGUCAGUGGUGUGUGGUGGGCGUUCACUCUCAUCAUCAUCUCUUCUUACACGGCCAAUCUGGCGGCUUUCCUGACCGUCCAGAGGAUGGAGGCUCCCAUCGAGUCUCCAGACGACUUGGCCGACCAGACCAAUAUCGAGUACGGGACCAUUCACGGAGGGAGCACCAUGACCUUCUUCAUGAAUUCCCGUUAUCAGACCUACCAGCGGAUGUGGAACUACAUGUACUCCAAGCAGCCCAGUGUGUUUGUGAAAAGCACAGAGGAGGGAAUCGCCCGUGUACUCAACUCCAAGUAUGCCUUUCUGAUGGAGAGCACUAUGAAUGAGUAUCAUCGCGGCCUCAACUGUAACCUCACACAGAUCGGAGGCCUGCUGGACACCAAGGGCUACGGCAUCGGCAUGCCACUGGGAUCUCCAUUCAGAGAUGAGAUCACUCUGGCCAUCCUCCAGCUGCAGGAGAAUAACAGGCUGGAGAUACUGAAGAGGAGGUGGUGGGAGGGAAGCCAAUGUCCCAAAGAGGAGGACCACCGUGCCAAGGGUCUGGGCAUGGAGAACAUUGGGGGCAUCUUUGUGGUGCUGAUCUGCGGUCUCAUCAUCGCCGUAUUUGUGGCCAUCAUGGAGUUUGUGUGGUCGACGCGUCGCUCAGCGGAGACUGAUGAGGUAUGCCCCCAUACCUGCCCUCGCCGACCCCGCAGACACACCCCAGUGUCUGUCUGUCAGGAAAUGAUCACAGAGCUGCGAAACGCCGUCUCCUGUAAAAAGACUUCCCGUAUGCGCCGGCGGCGGCCUCUGAGCAGCUCGGCGGCAUUGCGCCAUCCCACCCGCAUCGCUCUGGGAGCCCCCCGACCCCUGCGUCUGGUCCGGGAAAUGCGGCUCAGCAACGGCAAGCUGUACAGCGGCGCUGGCCCUCUGACGGGAGGGUCGGCAGGGACAGAUCUGGGUCCCGGACCACAACGGAUCCUAGACGAUCCACUAGGUGCCAACACCACCCCACCUCCGCCUGCCCCCACCCCGGUGUUGCUGCCCAGCCGCAGCUGCACCCAUGUACGGAUCUGCCAGGAAUGUAGAAGGAUUCAGAGUUUGCGGUCCGGCGGCAGUAUAGGGUCAACGUCAACACGAAUACCCCCUUCGUCCGCCCCCUUGCCCCGGCUACCUCCACCCCCACUCCCAUCCUCAUCCAACACAGACAGUGAGGGGGGAGGGGGGCCCAGCCCCAGGCGACGGCAUCACAGCCCUCCGCUUCACACGCCUCAGCCCAUUCCCCCCCCACAGAGCAGCGCCAACACAGACCUGCUGGGGGACCAGGACUGAGCGGAGAAGAGGCUUCGAUAAGUGAUGUCACUGUGGGACUCGUGCUGCUAUGAAACCUGUAUUUCCACAGAAAAAUUAACGUUUUUAAAUGAGGUGAAAAACAUUAAUAACUGUAGGAAAUGAAUCAAUGGGACAGGACCAUUUCUGCAGGUCUGCAGAUCCAGAACUGACUUGGACGAUCUGCAUCUCUGAGGAAAAAUUCAGUUUGAACAAACUGGAGUGGAAUUGCACAUGACCAAAGGAUGUUGUCCUUUGGCUUUUUACCGCUGUCUGACUUCCCUUUCAGACUCCAAUGUGCCGGUUUUCAUCCACUGACACUUCCUGGAAGCCAGCUGGCCCUUUGGUAAGAAGAUUUCUUCUUGCUGGAGGACAUACUAUGUUUGUAUGUGAUUGAAAAAAACAACAGCAGCUAAAAAGACUUCCAGAGAAUUAUUUCCUGUUGUUUGAUUUCUUUUGUUGUCCUUGGUUUGUUACUAUUGUUCUAAGUGGGAAAUAAAUACAGAUUAUGUGUGACACUAUGGUGGAUCAUAUCAUGACUACAGCUCAUUGUGUUCAGGAGUUUUGUGUCCCUCCCCCUGCCCCAGAGCGGCUCUGACAGAAUCAGGGAAAUUUGAUUAAGUGACAGCAAAGUUCAUAUUGUUGCCGCCUCUAACAUUUGUGUGCCUUGUAAUUCUGCGUCGAACUUCUAAAAUAAGAAGCGUGUCCUCUGCUGCAGCGCCCUUCUAACAAUGUUAGAUAACCAGAAAGCCACAAAAAAAGGAAGGCAGAACUACUGUAGCAAUAAAAAUGUAAAAUUAAUGCCCCUCGUUAUCCAGAGUAAGGCUCGUCAAGCCUUUCUGCUCUUUUAUUUCUCCCUCCUCUGUUCACACAGUGAAGGGAAGACGGAGAAAGUGGGUGAGCCAGAGGGGCAAGGAGGCGAAGAACUGAGAGAAGAUGGAAAGAGCUAGCGAAUUCGAAUGCGAAAUCCUAGCCUGAACUAUUUCCAUUAUUAGAUCUGUCCUGAUCUGUUAAUUCUGGGCAUCUUUUAAGGGCCUUCAUGCGCCAACAGGCUGAAACUGUGGCCCCCUGGCUCACCGUUCACCAGAGUGAUUUGGCUGUCCACAGAGCUAACUCCUGGCAGAAUGAAAGGGAAACCCAGCCUAGUCAAUGCUGUCUGAAGCUUUUUGAUCGUUUAUUUAUUAUCCUUACUGGGAUUCACUCAAGAAAAGGACGGAUGACGGUGCUGAUGAAAGAGAUCCUAGAACAAAUAGCUCUUUUUUUCCCACUUCAACUGCAAAGGAAAUGUCAGCUUAAUUAUGUUUCUACUUUGCUUCUCAACUGGGUUUUAAAAUCCAGCCAACACUAUCUGGAAUUUAUAAAACAUGCAGGAACGAGCUGCAGCAAUAAAGCCGACUUCCUGAUACAGUUUUGGUCUACAGAGUACCUCUAAUCCAGCAGAGGAGGGAGUGUCUGGGAAGGAGAUGGUUGCAGGUUUGACGUUUGCAUUCAAGACGAGGUUUCUGUGGAUCCCACUGCAUAGUUUACAUGCUUGAUCAGUUUUAGGUUUGGGUGCCUGUGUCGAUGUCUCACUCCUUUUUUUUUUUUCUUUUUUGUGCCCUUCAAGCGGUUUCCUAAAGAGUUUCUUCAAUGCACAAGGGUGCAGUUUCCAGCUUGAAGUGUAUUUGCUGUGACAGAAUGCUAUUACCACAGUAGGAGUGCUUCUUAUUCAACCAUUUUCCUGGUACAUCACAAAAUAGCAUCCACUUUAAUGGAUCAGACCAAUCUUUUCUGACAGAAAAUUGUUAUGUAAAGACCAGUACUCUUUGGUGCUGCUAAUGUCAUGUCACUGAUUAUCAUUUUUCAAAGGGUACAAAAACUUUUGAUGCCGUCUUCCAUCUUCAAGUGAUUCCACACCUCAUGCCCUAUGAGCCUCUCCUUUAUUUUACCAUUGUGGAACAUUAAUUCCUAGAAAAAUACUAAAUCGAAUAGCCAAUACAUUUUUAACAAUGUGCCAGAUGCACUACUAAAGUCAAAACUUCAGUUUAUUUUAUAUUAGUCCCACAUACGCCCUCCGUUUUAAGAGAACUUAUCUGUGCCUGAAAAUAGUCCCUUUCAAUAUAUUAAAUUAUUACCAUGUCUGUAAUAUCUGCUGAAAUUUGAUGUACCCAGCUGUUUUAAUUUCAUCUUUUUAAAUGGAACUAGACUUUUGUCUGAUUUAAAGAAGUGCUUUCAGAGAUAACAUCUUUCCUCUUUCAAUAUUAGCUUCUGAGCCGCUCAAUCAUCUCAUUCAUGCAAAUGCGGCUUUGCUGCUCUUUUUUUGUCUGUGAAUAAGUGAAACUGAUCACUUUAAUGUUUGUUGAAAUUUGAUAAUUACACAGAUACAGUUCAGAAACCGGCAGCUUUUUAAAAAGCUGUUUGCUCGUCUUUCGCAAAUCUCAUUAUCUUAACAUUCAUGCACGUGCAUGCGCUUGAUAUCCACUCCUGCUUAUAUUUUAUAUAGAGGUUAUAGAAGAGUUAUAGAAGAGAGAAAGGAUUUUGUGGUGAAAUUGAGUGUGGAAGGGGGACCAGAACCCCUACAUUGUCUGUAGCUAAUGAGAAGAAUGAUCUGUAUGCGGAAUUGAAAUGAUCAGGAAGGAAAGACAGAUGUGCAGAUGGAACAUGAAACAGAGGCUUAAAGCGAUGCAUGAGCCAGCUUUCAGCUGAGUCAGCAGUCAGAGGUCAGAGAUCUCAGAAGUCACAUUUACAGCAUCUUCCAGAGAGUCAUCCAAAUGUGAGCUGCAGUAACUCAAAGCACAUGCUGUCAAAUGAGAGCAUGGUCAAUAAAAAAAAAAAACGAGACAACUCUAACCUUUCUGCUGAUUGUGUUUUUGUCAAAUUGCCUCCCACGUCUCAUUAACAUUGUGUACCCAUGAUUUUCCUUCAUGCAUAAUUUUACCACCCAGCAGGUGGCGGCCGAGACUGCCUGUCAAAUUGCUGCUGCUCUCCGUUCAAUAUCACUGCAGGCUGGUGACUCAUUGCUGGUGGAGCCUGUUUGUCAUUAAGUUUCCUAAGUAUUCCCAUUUGCUUCCACUCCUCUUCAAAAAUCUAUUUUGUUUUGGACAGAAAGAGAAUUCCAGUUUACCUUCCAGCAAAACCCUCCUCUCAGGAAAUCCCUGAUUUAGUUCAGGGUGCUGCCUUUUCUGAACUGUAUCAUAUCAGAGCGUCACCUUUCAUCAGCCAAAACACAAAGAAAAUGUGAAGUGAGCAGCAAAGCUAGUAGCUGUGAAAACAAUACCACUGCACUGUGGAGUCUAUUGUGCAUUUUGCAGUGAAGCAUAUUUGUUGACACCUUUGUGCUGCAGAUAAUGAGUGAAAGCAUUGUUUGCACAUGUUUGGCUUUUUGUCUAGAUGUCACACCGGCUGCAUUUGAAGCUUCUCUCUGUGUUUCUGUUUACUUCUUUCUUUUUGUUCAGGAUGCUGACGAGACAACACCAGCCUGUUUCCAAGCCGCCACAGCACAGACGUGCACAAACAAUAGCCGACUUAUCAAUCAUAUCUCUAUCGCUGAGUAUUUUAGCGAGCAAAGUCUGAAAGCUUAACAGUUUUUGUGCGCAACGUCUUUAGAUUUAUGUAAAUUUCUCAAACCGUCUGUGGCAUAAAGACGCAUAUUAAAGCGGAUGUCUGCAGCUUAAGUACUUAAGAGUGACAAACUAUUAAUGAUGAGAAGAAAAAACCCCAAAAAACCUGUGAGGGAAGGGGACGGUCACAAAACGAUUGAAGUUGAGUGUCUGAUGUGUUAUUCAACCAAGAAAACACAUCGCUUUCCUUUUGUUAUUUUCUUUGUUAUAUUUUCAGAUUUCUAUGAUAGUGCUAAAUGGAUUGUUUAACUUGAUGAAUAAUAUAAUGAAAUUGUUAUUAUUGCUAUUAAAGAGCUGCAGGCUCUGCUGUGUGCGUGUGGGUGAAAGGUUGGAGAAGGGGUGUUGCAAUGAAGUUAAACCGAUGAUCUUCAGAGAGGACGACCUGUUUGAACCUCAAGACGCACAAAGUUCUUUUUUUUAAUAAAAACUUGAACAUUG